AUGGCACCCAUUGAUGUAACAAACCAGGAUCAACAUCUCUUGGAUAUCGAGAAAGCCUCCCCGACCAUCUCGUGGUUGUACAGUAUCUUCACCGGCAAGGCUUGUAGUCUCAACGGGGACAAUGCUACAGCUGCAAUGACCAUCCGCGAGUGUCCAAGCUUGGGAAGUCCAGAGAUCGAGUUGCCGUGCAAGAGCGACACAGACACAGUUCCCUUAAACUCGAGCACGCAGAGGCGAGUUACACAUGCGUAUCAGUGGUGCACACAUCCCAGCUCCAGACUCAGCAUCAGUACCCUCUCCAACGUUGACCAUCCCGGGGUGGAGGCUCAGACCUGUACCACGACCCAAGGCAGGCCACCGUCUAUAUCCUGGUCAUUCAGACCGUCCCACCUAGUCAGCUACAUUCAUUGCUGGUCUGUGCCCCGGCUAUGCCUUGAGACGGCUGGUGCAGCCUUUUACCGAGACGAGUAUGUUGAACAAGUGUUUACGAUCGGUAGCCUGGAUGAUAUGAGGCAUAUACGGGCUGCCAGCUCAGAUAUCCCGAUCGUGUCCGUGUGCACCCUUCAGCAAAGCAGAGGAUGUGACAUAUUGAGACAUCGAGUUACAUGCAAGUGUGCUACGUCGAUACCCUUCUAA